UCCUUAAGUAUGAGACACACUUUGCGAGAUAACACGGCAGUCAAACCGUGCUGCGAUCCUAGGUCGUAUGGUUGUGGUGUUGAUUUUGAGUGAUUUCAUUCAUCAGAUAAAUAAUAUGUUUAUAUGAUAUUAUAAAUAGAAUAGCUUGGAGUAUGAUAGCGAAUCUAUUAAACUUAUCGCGUUACAGUUCAUCUGAGGCACAUCGACAUUCAAAUAAGUAGGUUCAGUGAUAUACUUUGCUCAUUAAUAAAUAAAUAAAUAAAUAUAUAUAUAUACGUCUGUGCGUGUGUGUCUGUAUUGACUGUACCUUUGAGAGUGUUGUAAAGCAAAAGUAUUUUUAUGAAUGGUAAAAGUUUAUAUAUAUUCUGAUUGUUUCAAAUUUUAGUGACGUGGCUGGGAACAUAUCGUGACACACCAGUCUUGACUUAAAAUUUUUGUUACCGACAUUUAAAAUUUGGCCAAAUGAAGGCUUCGACUUAAGAGAAGAACUUUACAAUUUUAUUUUAAUUAUAAAUUAAAGGACUUUUUCAAAGUGAACAGAUAGCAGACAUCGGGCAUAGAAAUGUAUCAUACAAGAAUUUCUGUAGUAUUUAUUCUACAAAUUACAUCAAAAUUAUUGCAAGCCCAGGGAAGUCGUGGAGAUUGCGAUCCUAAUAUCCCAUCAAGAUCUGCACUUCUGCCACGAAUAUUUGAUGCUGAAGUUAAUGAUAUCGGACCAACAGUUUGUGGUGAAGGAGAGUAUCUCGACUGGUUUGAAUGCAAACCUUGUGAAGAUGGAACAUUUAUGACAUCAAAUAUGGCACAAGAAAGGAAACAUUCACGUUGUCAGAAGUGUUACGAGCCUGUGAUGGUAAUUUACAUGUCUUCUUCAUUGUAAAGGUUCAUUGAUUUGUUUAGUUAUUUUUUUCUGGGAGAUCUUGCCGAGGUUUGAAAUAUGAGGAAACUGAUUUCUCGAGAUGAAAUUCCCGAUAACUGCGCUAAACUAGAGUCUUUAAUAACAAAAAAAUAUCGCAAGAGUUUUUAGUGCGUAAUAUUUUCUUGAGUAUUUCUGGAAUAGUUGUUUAAAAAAUCGGGUGAAUUAUUUGAAUAUUUAUAAGAUCAGGGGCGUGAAAAAAAAUGUGUUUGCGAGCCGGGGGGGGGGGGAUAAUUGGGAUUCUUAUAAAGUGCAUUCCUUGCAUGUUUUGGGAAAUGUUCAGCCCCACUCUCUUUUGCACGAUAGUCCAUUUUAUAAAAUAUUUAUACGAAAAAUUUAGCUUUUAGUUUUUUUAAAAAUAAUGUUUAAAAAAUCGGGUGAAUUAUUUGAAUAUUUAUAAGAUCAGGGGCGUGAAAAAAAAUGUGUUUGCGAGCCGGGGGGGGGGGAUAAUUGGGAUUCUUAUAAAGUGCAUUCCUUGCAUGUUUUGGGAAAUGUUCAGCCCCACUCUCUUUUGCACGAUAGUCCAUUUUAUAAAAUAUUUAUAUGAAAAAUUUAGCUUUUAGUUUUUUUAAAAAUAAAAUUAAUGUCACAAACGAUAUAGGGACAAUUUGGGCCCAACGGAGAAUAAAACAUCACAUUUAUCACUUAUUACACUAAGAUGAUUUUGAGUUAUGUUCAUAAGGCUCAGUUCUCUGCAUCUUAAAAAUAUAUUUUAAGGCAUUCAAUGAAGGAACUGGAAUCCAUCACAAACAUUGUUAAUUUGUUUCUUAUUCCCCAGUACGAGAUUGUUACUGAACCGUGCACCAAGACAAGAGACGCCACCAUCAUGUGUGAAGACGGAUAUUAUAGGAGUUACUUACCGGGAAAACCCUGUCAGUCUGAAUGUAGACGGUGCGAUGUGUGCGGUCUGGGUAGAAACAUGUUCAAGAACUUUGAAGUUCGUGAGUGUAGCGGGUUCCAAAACACAAUCUGUUGCCACAGCAAUGACAUGGUUGAAGUAAAUGGUGAAUGCGUUUGUGUAACAAAAACCUUCACUACGGCCUUAACAAUGACAACCACCAAAAGAUUAUAUAGUGACACUUUUGAAAGUUACGGCAAUGAUUUAAUGUUUUCAGAGAUGUUAAAUAAAUUUAGCUCAAUUAGGUUGGAUUCACUAGUCUCAAUUUUUUCUAUAUUUUCUAUAUUUAAUAUAUGUAAACUUAUAUAGUAUGCUUUUUAUAGUAGGAGCCUUUGAAAAAAUACAGUAGGUAAAAAUAAGCUGUAAAUAAUUUCAAAUAACAUUUAUAACGACUUUAUAUAAAGCUCAAAAUCUGAAAAGGAGAAGUUAUAAAUAAUUCUCCCUUUUCAAUUAUUUUGCCUUUACAUAUUAUCAUUGUAAUGUAUGGAACAUGUAAAUAUGUUGCUAGUUAAGUGAAUUACAAAAUUUUGGUUGUAACACUUAAGUUCAAUGAACCUGUCUUUCAUUAAAUAAUUAUUAGUUACGUUACUGUCAAGUGCAAUUUGUAUGUAUAAAUAAGAGGAUAAUUUAAAUGAAAUAUACAGUAACUAGUCCAUAUAUUAAGAAAAGAUUCAAAAUAAUUAAAUCUUAAUAAAAUGUACAUUCUAAUUUU